CAGGCAGAGACAAUGGAGAGAGAGAACAGUACUGUGGUAACUGAAUUUAUCCUUGCUGGUCUGACUCAGUCUAAAAAUAUACAGCUCCUGGUCUUCACACUAGUCUUAAUUUUCUACCUCAUCAUCCUCCCUGGAAAUUUCCUCAUCAUCCUCACCAUCAGGUCAGACCCCGGUCUCACAGCCCCCCUCUACUUCUUCCUGGGCAACCUGGCCUUCCUGGAUGCAUCCUACUCCUUCAUUGUGGCUCCCAGGAUGCUGGUGGACUUCCUCUCUGAGAAGAAGGUGAUCUCCUACAGAGGCUGCAUCACUCAGCUCUUCUUCUUGCACUUCCUUGGAGGAGGGGAGAUGCUACUUCUUAUUGUGAUGGCCUUUGACCGCUACAUUGCCAUCUGUCGUCCUUUACACUAUUCUACUGUCAUGAACCCUAGAGCCUGCUAUGCCUUGCUGUUGGCUCAGUGGCUUGGAGGCUUUGUUCAUUCCAUUAUCCAAGUGGCCCUCAUCCUCCGCUUGCCCUUCUGUGGUCCAAACCGACUGGACAACUUCUUCUGUGAUGUGCCACAGGUCAUCAAGCUGGCCUGCACUGACACCUUUGUGGUGGAGCUCCUGAUGGUCUUCAACAGUGGCCUGCUCACCCUGCUGUGCUUUCUGGGCCUUCUGGCCUCCUAUGCAGUCAUCCUCUGCCGUGUAAGUGGGUCUGCUUCUGAAGGGAAGAGCAAGGCGCUGUCCACAUGCACCACUCACGUCAUUAUUAUACUUCUCAUGUUUGGGCCUGCCAUCUUUAUCUACACUCGUCCCUUCACAGCCUUAUCAGCAGACAAAGUGGUUUCCUUUUUCCAUACAGUGAUCUUUCCUUUGAUGAAUCCUGUGAUUUAUACCCUUCGCAACCAGGAAGUAAAAGCUUCCAUGAGGAAGAUAUUGAGUCAACACAUGGUUUGUUGAAUGGACUUUAUAAUAAGAAGUCUUGAAGGGGAAAUUCUGGCUGAAAAUCAUUCACUUAUUUAAAAAAUAUCCACAUGUAUACCUGUGGCGGAUUCAUGUUGAUGUAUGG